AUGAGGCUACUGGCAAUUUGUUUUUUUCUCGUUCUUUGUUUUUGCACGUGUACUAGUUUAGACGUUGAUAAAGAUGUAAUUAUAAGAAACGAUGAUCUAUUCUACGUCAAGAAAAAGACUUAUACAAUCGAACAGAUUCAAGAUAUUUUAAGGAAGGGGCCAUGCAAAAGUGUUAAAUAUACUCAGUAUAUAAAAAAAGAAGGUUGUUUUCCAGUUUCAGUAGAAAAUAAAAUAUGCGGAGGAACUUGUAAUUUAAACACUAAUAAGCAAGAAGUCAAAUGCGCUGCAUGUGGACCUUCAAAAAUAACUGAAGAGACAUUAAAAAUGCUCUGCAAAGAGUCGAAUGCAGAUGAUGCGGAAUUAAGACUUGUGCCAAUAAAAACAAAAGUGGUAAAAGAAUGCUCUUGCGAACAAUAUAAAUGCACGAGCCUUUAA